AUGAGUAGUCCUUAUACAUGCAAGAAAGGCCUUACUCGCGUGUACUUUAUCCUGGACGAGACACCAUGGAAAAAGCUGGGCGGCAAAUUGUCUGUCGCCCAAUUUUUUCAUACUCCUGUCGACUAUUUAGCAGUUCAAUUGCCCAAGCCUUCUAGUCGAGUGUGGCCAGGUUCCUUUGGCUUGCUUCCUCUCCAUUGUAUCCUCUUCAUUUUACUGGUCAAUCCCUUCUCCUCCUCUACUUUCUUUGCUUGUGCCAAAAAGAUGGCAGCUGAGAACGCGGGCCAGGCGCAAGACAGUCCAGUUGAUGCCGCCAAUGAUGUCAAUUCCGCCUCGGAAACCUCCAAUGAUGUCGAAAAUGGUGCUGGAGUAGAGCCUCUCCUUAACGUCACGAUUGUGCUCCCCGGCUCGAAGCCCUCCAAAAUGCAAAUAAUGGUAUCAUCCCAAGAACAGGUGCACGAGGUUCGCCAGUCCAUUAUCGACCUCCCUACCGCGUUUCGAUACACCUGCUUCCACCUCGAGUUCCAGGGAGUAAAGGUUCAGGAUUUCAUUUCUAUUGCCGAGAUCCCCGGAAUUGGACCCGACCCAGAGUUUCACGUCGUCGAAGACCCUUACACCGAAAAGGAGGCGCGCAUUCACCUCGUUCGCAUUCGCGAGCUCAUCGGUGCUGCAGGCGAUCGAGUUGAUACCACUCAAGGUGUGUUGGCCGGGACCUCUCUCUUCGAAUUUGCAAGCGCCGAUGCCCGGCAGCCCACCGACGAGUCCAAGGAAUCCCCCACGGAGAAGCAGUCUCCAAAGGAAGACUAUGACUUCCAAGGGAUCCCUCCUCUGUCCAGUCUUGUUCCUGAGCAGACAACCACCGCCCCCAAGACGGUCAAGACCAUUUCUCUGUCGACCUGGAACCCUCCUCCUUGCCAUCUGAGACAGCGCGGCCACCUGCUUUAUAUCAUCGUGACGACCAACGAAGGCGACCAAUUUCAAAUAACGGCGCACGUGUCUGGCUUCUACGUCAACAAGUCUUCCAACGCCAAGUUCGACCCUUUCCCGCGCCCAGCACCCAAGGGCCAGGCCGCUCACUCUCUGUUGGAGCUCAUCGAGCUCAUCUCGCCUUCCUUCAGCGAGACUUUCCAGCAGCUGCAGGACUACAACAAUACCAAGGACCCCCUCUCCACCUUCCAGAUUACCAACGCAAUCCCAGCUGCUCCGUGGGUGGUCCCCUCGCCCAACUCAGCUCUCUGUGCCCACAUGCCAGAUGCUACGCGACCUCAGGAGACUUAUCUUCUAGCCGGCGUCGACAACACAGACACCCUGCGAGACUGGAACGAGGAAUUCCAGUCCGCCAAGGAACUUCCUAAGGAUACCGUUCAGGACAGGGUCUUCCGAGAGCGACUCAUCUCCAAGCUAUUUGCUGACUACAACGAUGCUGCCACCAAGGGCGCCGUCAUGGUCGCUCGUGGCGAAAUUGCCCCUCUGAACCCUACGGAGUGCACUGAUGCUCAAAUUUUCGUCUACAACAACAUUUUCUUCUCUUUCGGAGCUGAUGGCGUUGGGACAUUCACCUCUGAAGGAGGCGACGAGGCCGCACGGGUUGCCACCGGCAAGGACGUUGCUGGUGUACGGCUAGUGAACCAGCUUGACAUCGACGGCCUCUUCACUCCCGCCACUGUUGUUGUGGACUAUAUCGGGAAACGUAUUGUCGGCCAGAGCAUUGUGCCUGGCAUCUUCAAGCAGCGCGAGCCUGGCGAAAACCAGAUCGACUAUGGCGCAGUUGAUGGCAAAGACAUCGUCGCGGCUGAUGAGCGUUUUGCUGGCCCAUUUAGUAAGCUGUCAAAAGCACUCAAGGUCAAGCCUCACGCCGUAUGGGACAAGGACGGAACAAAAUUUGACCUGGAGGCCAGUGUUGAGACCAAGGGUCUGAUGGGCACUGAUGGUCGCAAAUAUAUCCUCGAUCUGUACAGAAUCACACCAUUCGAUAUUCCAUGGCGGGAGGAAAAGGCAGAGGAAGCGGAGUCCUCUGCCAGCUAUCCUCACCGCAUGACAGUUCUCCGCCCUGAGCUGGUCGAUUCCUUUGGUCGCUUCCGCAUGAAGCAAUGGGCCGAAAAGGAAAUUGCAGAGCACGCCAAGGAAAGUGAUGGCGAGUCGGAAAAGUCUGAAAACGCUAAAGAAAGAGAUUCCUGGCAGCCCGAUCUGUCUAAGUUCAAGUUCUCCCUCAACCCCGAUGUGUUCAGUGGACAGGUGCCGCAGACGGCCGAGGAGACGGCCGAGCUGGAAGCUGAUGAGAAGGAGGUACGAGCUGCUUGCACAUACCUGCGCGAGCAGGUUAUCCCUAGCCUGCUUCGCGAGCUGUCCGAUUCCGACGUAAGCUUUCCCAUGGAUGGUCAGUCUCUUAGCCGUCUCCUGCACAAGCGUGGUAUCAACAUUCGAUAUCUUGGUCAUGUGGCAUCACUUGCUACUGAUGGCAGGCUCAAGUGUCUACGUGCUAUCUGUAUCCAGGACAUGGUGUCUCGUGCCUUCAAGCACGUUUCAGCCACUUAUAUUCGUGCACUCCCUCUCGCCUUUACCCCAGCUUGCAUUGCCCACUUGUUCAACUGCCUUUUGGGCUACAAGGUCAAUGCUAAGCCUCGCUGCGAGGUCAAUGUUCAGCUUCGAUCGAUCUACAAAGAAACUGACUUCUCUUUUGAGAGCGUUACACCCGAGAGCCUGCGUCGUAACAUCGAAGAGGAAAUCUUGAAGCGAUACAGAUACCGAUUGGAGCCUGAGUGGAUCGAGAGUCUUCGUCCUGUUCAACUGCUCCGUGAGAUCUCACUGAAGCUGGGUCUACAGAUUGAGGCUAAGGACUAUGUUUUUGAAGGCCCAGUCCUGGAUUCCAGCAGCACCAAUGGCGCAAGCGAACCCGCGCAGGCCAACGCUCAGGCCCAAGGAGAUGCCAAGAAGAGCAAGAAGAAGAAGGGUACCCGGGAUGUCUCUCCCUCUGCUCUGCAGACUCCUCCCUCCACUUUCAGUCCAGAUGACUUCAUCGACAUUGUUCCUAUUGUGAAGCAUUCCUGCCCGCGCAGUGCUUUGGCUGAGGAGGCUCUCGAAGCUGGUAGGAUCUCUAUCCUGCAAAACCAGAAGAAGCUUGGACAAGAACUCCUUCUGGAAUCGCUGUCUCUUCAUGAGCAAAUCUACGGUAUCCUGCAUCCUGAAGUGGCCCGAGUCUACAACAGUCUGUCUAUGCUGUACUACCAGCUGGACGACAAGGAGGCUGCUGUAGAGCUCGCACGCAAAGCCAUCAUUGUGUCUGAGCGCACCGUUGGUGUGGACUCUGCUGAGACGCUCCUUAACUAUUUGAACCUCAGCCUGUUUCUCCACCAAGCCGGCGAUAGCAAAUCUGCCCUUUGUUUUUCCAAGCAUGCGCUAGAUUUGUGGAAAAUUAUCUACGGUCCUGGACAUCCCGACUCCAUUACAACCAUCAACAACGCCGCCGUGAUGCUGCAGCACCUGAAAGAAUACCACGAAUCCCGACUGUGGUUCGAGGAGUCUCUCCGGGUUUGCGAGUCCGUAUUUGGAAAGCAGUCUGUCAAUUCAGCCACUCUAUUGUUCCAGCUCGCACAGGCACUGGCGCUUGAUCAUGAUUCCAAGGGAGCUGUGAACCGCAUGCGCGAGUCUUACAACAUCUUCCUGAGUGAACUCGGCGCCGACGACAAAAAUACGAAGGAGGCCGAAAGCUGGCUGGAGCAGCUGACGCAAAACGCCGUGUCGAUUGCCAAACACGCCAAGGAUGUGCAGGAACGCCGCAUCAAGUCCGGCAUUCGCGCGCCUUCCCAGACGCUCGCCCCCACGCCCCAGCAGCGCGGUAGCUCCAGGGUGGACUCUCGAAGCAUCGACGAGUUGAUCAAGUUUAUCGAAGGUGAUCAGGGGGGCAAGUCCAAGAAGCGCACCGGUCGUGGCAACCCCAAGAGGCGAGGCCAAGCUGCUUGA